AUGUUCUCCUUUCGAAAACUCUACUCUCAUUGCUUCUUCUCCUUCGUUCUUAAACCCUGGCCAAACCCUAAAUUCCAGAGCACGAAAUCCGCCUCCAAGUUCGUCGCAAAAACCACCGUAAAAGAAGCCCAAGCCGCCUUGCUCGAGUACCUCCACUCCACGCGCAGCCUCAACUUCUUAGACGCCGACAACAUGUGCACAAACUCGCCCUCCUUCCUCCACGACCUCCUCGCCAAAACCCACUCUCACACGCGGCGCGUCGACACCAAGCGCUCCAUCUCCCGCUACCUCCGCUACCACCCCAUCAACGAGUUCGAGCCCUUCUUCGAAAGUGCGGGUCUUUCCCCUCCCGAGUACGCCCCCCUCCUCCCGCCUCACAUGAUUUACCUAAACGACGACGUUCUGCUCAUGGAGAAUCACCAGGCGCUCUGCAACUAUGGCGUUCCCCGCACUAAGAUGGGGAGGGUUUUCAAACUCGUGCCUCAGGUUUUUCGGUAUGAACCCGGCGUUUUGAUCUCUAGGCUUCGGGAAUACGAAAACCUUGGUGUUUCACCAAAGACUUUGGUCAAUGUGGUUGCUUCCAGUCCCUGCGUUUUGGUUCGGGGUGUUGACCUUGAUUUUGUUAAGGUUGUGGAGAAGUUGAAGAGUGUUAUGGGAAAGGAUUGUGAUUGGAUUGGAGAGCGUUUGUUGAUUAACAAGGGUUGUUGUAAUUGGAGAGUAAUGCGUCAGGUUUUGAGUUUGGUUUCUAGAGUUUACAAUGAGAAACAGUUGGUUGAUUUAGUCACCCGUCACCCUGAUUUGAUUUUUGAGGAGUCUGGACGAUGUGUGUUGUCUUUGAUUGAUUUUUUGUUGAAAUUUGGCUUGUCUGUAAACCAGGUUUCUGUCAUGCUGCUCGAAUUUCCGGAGAUUCGGGUUGCAAAAUUUUUGUCCAAUUUGAGGCUGUGUUUUCUGUUCUUGACUGAGAUUGAGAUGGAGGCUUCGGAGAUUGGGAGGAUUUUGCAGUCUCAUUGCUUGGUGCUGGGUUCCUUCACCAUGAAGAGAACGAUUACUUUGCUUACUAGCUUGAAUGUGGGAAAGAAACGGCUGUGUAGAAUUGUGAGGGAUGAUCCUCUAAUAAUGAAGAGUUGGGCUUUGGGAAGGAGGAUUGAGCCUCUGGUGAGCUCGUAUUUGGAGUAUGAAUCGAAGGCCCUGAAGAAGGAGUUCAUGCUGAGGUUGGGGUAUGAGGAGAACUCUAAAAAAAUGAAUCAGUCGAUUAGGUUGUUCAGGGGUAAGGGAGCUGAGCUUCAGGAAAGACUUGAAUUUAUUGUUAAUGCUGGUUUGGAUUAUGAUGUUGUCUGUAGGAUGAUUCGAGAUUCCCCGCGGAUUCUUAAUCAGACAACGGAGAGGAUGAACUUGAAAAUCAAGUAUCUUGUGAAUGAAGGAUAUUCGAUAUCAGAUUUGGUGGCUUUUCCUUCCUUUCUUUCCUAUUCGCCUCGAAGGUUUAAGCUGAGGUGUUCAAUGUAUAAUUGGCUCAAAGAACAUGGAGCUGUAGAAGCAGCGGGGCUUGCUUUGAGCACUAUAAUUGCAUGCUCUGAGAAAGCGUUUGAGAAGCUGUAUGUGAAGCGCCAUCCGGCUGGCCUUCAAGUUUGGCAGGAUUUGAAGGCACAAAUUUCUUCUAAGGCUUAG